AUUGCGAACAUUCUUUCCAGGUAUGUGCACCACUCGAGACGUGGACAUUUUCUUCACACACAUGAACAACGCGCGCUACCUCCGAGCGCUAGACUUCUCCCGCAUCCACUUCUAUGACCGCACGGGGCUCUACGAGAAGCUCGCGGCGGUCAAAGGCGCGGCCCUGAUGGGCGCUAGUACUAUACGCUACAGAAGGCCGCUUGACAUAUUCAGCCUUUACAAAAUAGAGACCAAGAUGUUAUGCUGGGACGAAAAGACGGUCUUCCUCGAGCACAAGUUCAUCACGUUGAAGGACAACUUUGUACGCGCCAUAGUGCUCUCACGGACGCACAUAGUCGGUCUCGACCUACCGACGGCCAUGGCGGACGUCCCUGAAGCGAACAACAUGAAAACCUUUCCAGAGGAGGUGGUACAGUGGCAACAGUGCUUGGAGACUGCGAGCGCUAGACUUAGGAAGAAGGAUUAAAGUAGGUAAUGGUGAAGACUGAUGCAUUUAUUGUUCUGAGUUGGGUUUGGGCUGGGUCAUCUUUUUUGACACGGAGUCGUUACGAAGUUAAAGCUGAUUCUGUGACUAUAAAAUAUAAUCAGCCAGUCUCUUAUAGAGCGACGAUGAAAUGAAAAAUGUCCGGCCAUGAAAAGGCGGUAUUAAUAGAAGGAACUUAAUAUUGUUUCGUGUAAUUCUGAUUAAUUAGUUAUGUGUAUAAUAGUCAUUUCCGUCCCGAAUUCCCAAUAAUACACUGGCUUGGAUAUUGAUUGCGAGGAAAAGCUUUUAUCCAGUUGAACACAAAUACGAGUUUGUAGAAUGAGGAAAGCAAAUGUUGAUUUGUUUGUCUUUAGCUUUAAGCUAAGACUGCUACGAUAAAGAUAAGCAAGGAACAUAAGCAGUUGUUACCGUGCCUACUUUGAAGUCUUUGAACACAGAUGUAGAUUGGACAUUUGCGAGGCGAAUUCUUGUUGUUAUUAAAAAUUCGAAGGCUUUGGUCGGUGCUUUCUUUGGUUGUCUAAAACUCUAAUGAUUAUAGGACCAACGAGAUUGGGAACUGCAAAGUUGUGUGAUAAUGAACAAAACAAAAUAUGUGUUAAAAUGUGAGUUACUAUUUUGGGACUUAAAACAUUGACUGAUAUUGACGGGCCCACAUUUCACGUGAUUGAUUUAUUGCUCUAUUGUCAAAUAGAGGUGUAUUCAGAUUUGAAAAAUAUGAUUUUGAUUCUAGAUUCGUCUUAGUGCAUUUUCCUGUCCUGUAAACUAUAAUAAUAUACUCAUUGGUACCUAUUGGUGCAACUUCCAAGAUGCUUGAUAAAUCUCAUGAUUUCAUUGAUAUUUGUCUCACUUGAGUAGGUAAUUCAUAAUCCUUGUCCCUGUAAUUCACAAUUUCCUCUCAUGUACCUAUUUAGCAGUAGGUAUGCUGUGGUUUUGACUCUAAGUUACUCAAGACUCUCUUAAAGCUGUUUAAUUUUUCUACAAGUUCCCAAAGGGACCCUGAGAAGGUUAUAGUUAUUUGUUUUACAAGGGGGCAAAGUUGUUGUUUAACCGCUCGUGCUAAUAUUGAUACCCGAGCAAGCGAAAGAUUCCAAAAUUGAACCACGAGCGUAGCGAGUGGUUCGAAAAAUGGAAUCUUGAGCGUUGCGAGGGUUUCAAAGCACGAGGGUUAAACAAAAUUUGCCCCCGAGUGAAACACAAAAUUUUUCACCACACCAACUUGAAGCAAAUAUUAAAUGUAAAAUAUCAAACAAAAUCAAACCAAAUCAAAUCCAAAUGAAUGUUAUUAAAUAUUUAUCAUCCAAAAUCAUCAUUUAAAAGUCAUUUUUACCAGCAAACAUAAGCUACCAACUCAAAAUUUGCAUUUAAUUACUUUGUCUCACAUGUGAUUAAAAUGCAACUUUGCUAUCAGUUUUUGAAGUGCAAAGUAAGCCUUUCCGAGCUGGUGUGGUGAAAAGGAUAUUUAUUUCGAGUCUUGGGAAUAGACGAGCUACAAUAGCACUUAAAUUAUAAUAUAUAUACUUUAAAUGGGUCUCAGUAUUACUAAACGUGACUAAACGAGGGUUAUUAGGCCCUGGUCUCCUAUUUUAUGCUGUACGCGGCGUCUGGCGUCAGCGUCAAGGUUUUUGAACAAAAAAGACGCUGACGUCGACGUCUAAAACAGACCACAACAGUACAUCUCUAUAGUAAGCAUCGUGACGCAGACGCUGUAAGCGGCCGAUGGCGUUUAUAGGAGACCAGGGCCUUAAUGUUGUUAUUUGUACAGUCAUAUUAUUUAUUUAAAUAUUACACAUUCGAUUUUAUUUAUUGACACGAUUUUUACAUCAACGUUUCUAAGGCUCUUAGUAGUUAGCUUGAAGACACGAAUUAAGCUAAAUAGAAGAAUUCAAAAUUCAACUAUCCGUAUGUUGUUCCAUUCAGAGGCGCUACCGCAAAAACCGAAAUUCGCAAAUUGCGGGGAUCUUUCUCUUUUACUCCAAUGAAGGCGUAAUUUUGCUCUGGGCAUUCUGAAGUCAAACACACAUACAGAGUGCGCUAUGUACGCUUACCACUCUUACGCCCAAGCCUGGUUACGUUAUGGUAUUAUUCUAUGGGGCCAUAGCAGUGACGCCCACGAUCUCCUUAUAGCCCAAAAAAAAUGUGUCCGCAUACUAACCAAUAUACGACAAACAGACAGUUGUAAGAAACGUUUCACUAAUCUCCAAAUUUUAACUCUCCCCUCUCUACAUCUUAGAAAUUUCUACUUUUGUCAUGAAGAACACACAGUUAUUUGAGUUUUGUAAAAGUGCACGUCGUAACAAUAACCUCAUCCCCCCGGAACCAAUUUUGGAUAUUUACAAAAAAGGCCCUUAUUUCAGAGCAAUCCAGAUUUAUAAUAAGCUGCCAAACGAUAUAAGAAAUAUAAAAAACCUUAACCCAUUCGUGUCAAAACUAAAACUACUUUUAAUAUCGAAGGCAUACUAUUCGGUCCAAGAGUUUAUGGAGGAUACAUUUUCAUAAGUAUAAGUACUACUAAUAAUUAUUAAUUCUUAACAAUAUUAUUAACCCUUUUUGUAAAAUAUAAGUUAACAUAGGACUUACUUAAUACAAGAAAUAAGCUAGGAUAAAGUUGUUAUUAUUUAGGAUUUAUUUAUCUUAUUUAACAGUAUUAUUUAUUGUUACAGUUACGUAACAGUAUUUAGUUUAAAAAAAUGUUCCAUAAAUAACUAGACAUAAGAUUAAUUUGCAAUGCCCUACCAGGGUGCCAUGUGUUCUAAAAAAUUUUAUUGUAACAACUUUAUUAUGUACCAUGGUUCGCAAUAAAGGAUUCUAAGGAUUCUAUUCUAAUUAGAGUGACAGAGAAAAAUGCCCGCAAUUUGCGAACCUCGAUUUUCGCGGUUAUAGGCCUGUAGUAAGCGUUCGAUACUUAUUACUUUCCUUCACCUCAAAAUGUGGGUAUGUCUCCUCACGGUUUGUGAUUUUUUUUGUAAAAAAGCACUUUACAAACUGUGAGAUUUAAAAUCUACACCCGAGCCAGUUACUUAAAAGCUGAUUUUUUUAAAGUACAAAAUACUACUUAAAGAUAAAAUAGAUUUUUUACAAUACGUGCAUUCCGAUUUUGUUAGGUACGUACGCAGUAAAAUGCACCUAAAUAUGUAUCACAAUAUACUUCAAGUAAUUAAUUUAUUAUUGUGUCUUAUACUUAGUUAAUUUAAUUAUAGGAUUAAAAUAUUAUCUUAGAAUUACAUCAAGUAUUUAUGUACAGUCAAAAACAGAGCUAUGAAUACAGGCAAAGUGCCAAAAAUAUGUAUACACGACCUUAAUGUACAGGCAAUAAAGUACUGUAUACAUAUUUUUGACACUUUGCCUGUAUUCAUAGCUCUGUUGUUGACUGUACUCGAAGUACCUACUUAUGGUUUUAUUUAGAGUAGAUAGGUAGGGAAAGUAUUCCAAUGUGUUACGAAUAAAAAUCUGUAGGACAGUUUCGUCUAUUAAUGAUUUGUAUAAAUAACUGGAGCCGAUUUUUGAAUUUCGAUCGCUCGAUUUUGUCACUCGAAAAUCGGUGGAAAACGGCGAAAUGCUAAUUUUUGAAAUACGAGCGAUCGAAAUUUGGAAUAUAGUGGUGUUGACCACUCGAUUUCAAUACUAUUAGUAGAAUUUAAACGCCUAGUAGUGGAGAUAUCAUUUAACGAAAUACACGAAAUCGAGUGGUGGAAUUUCAAACAUCGGCCCCCUGAGUGCGUGUAAUAGCAACUUAUUUUUAGCAAAUAUUGUAUCAUGCAACUCUGAACCCCUUAAGGGAUUAACGGACGGCUCGUUUUUAGGGUUCCAUAUUUUAUAUGUUAAUCAUGACAAAAUGGUUUUUUUUAAUUCAAGUUUCUGACCUCGAAAUCCCACCGGGUUAUUGUCAAAUAUGUACCUGCUUCAAAAACUAUUUUGUCAAUUUUCCCUAGUCAAAACAAGGAAAGUUGUAAGCAGACUAAAUUUGCAUCAAAACGAGUUCAAUUUGGUAUAUAUCGACCUUAUACUCGUAGGUCUUGAAACACAGGCCGUGAGCUUUUUGUAUGGGGCAUUCUUACUCGGCGGUGCGCGCGAGCCUCAUACUAUAUUUUAUCAAUUUGGAAGUUUCUGAUAAAAUAGAUAGCUGGUUUAUUAGAGUAAAUUGUAAGUUGUCAAUAUCAGUGAACGUUAAUCUGUUGGUGACUUCGUGACAGAGCAAUAAAGUUAAACAUAUAUCUACUUAGUUACAGCUAAUAUCAAUUGAAAUUAUUCUUUAGAGAUAGUGUAAAAUCAUAUUGCCUGAUUAUGCCUUGAAAUUGCUUGUAACGGCUAGUGGCUGCCACAAAAUUGCCACCGAUAACGAUCACUAUAGUACACACGUAUUUUGCUUUCUCGAGUAUUUAAAAUAUGUCAUUUGUUUUAUACUAUUUGUUAUAGCAGUAUUAGAUUUAAUGGCAAUGACUUACGCGGAAUUUAAUGAAGUGUAAUGAAUAUUGUCUCGUUCUAUUUAUUAUGUACAAUGAUAUGUACUUAUGAUGAUUGUUUUUAUUUAAUAAAUCACUUAAAGUAUAGUAAGUU